UGAUCAGUCAGUGGCUGGGUGUUUCGACAUUAAACCACAGCGGCCCAUCAAAUUGUUGGCUGACAACAUACAUCCACUGCGCCGAUCAAGUCGAUGACGCCCUCGAAUUCCAUAACCGUGAGUUUGCACCAACUCUGGAGGUCAACCCUUAAAGCAGCAGAUCCUUCCUCUGAAUUAGAUCCACAGCACUCUCCCGUUGGUCUAUCUUGACUUACGUACGGUACGAUAAAAAAACCAAAAAAAAAAUUCCGUUCAAUAUUCGGUUUUUACAAUUGUCGGAGCUGCGGUCCAUCUCCCGGAACCAAUUCCGCCAUCAUUUUCUGUAUCUACAGUACAGAGCGCCACAGACGCACAGCUGCAUACCUACCUACCUUAGGUACUUAACUACAUCAAGGUGAGGUAUAUAAAGUACCUGAGGUGCCUACCUACUUACCUAUCUAGGUACUAUGGCUAACCACUGAUAGCUUCUUUGUACCUUUGAGUCAGUAUACGCCAGGUCUUAAAAAAAGAAAGAAAGAAAGAAAGAAAGAAAAGAGAUUCGGUUCCAGUGGCUCUCGUCCCAAUCUGCAGCUGUGGCGAGCCGUUUAGGAAGUUGCCUUGCUAGGAAGGUUUGCUGUAAAAUCUUGCAGGGCAACUUCCCUGCUGUUGCUGCAGCAUCCAGUUGCUCGCGUCUAGCCCCUCGUUCUGGCCAAAGACUCAUGUCGUCCAGAAUGCCUCGUAGGAAAAAACAGGACACCAUCAAUGACGAUAGCAUCAUAAAUCUCACGACAGAAGAGCCGCCAGUCUGUGAUACCGACUCUAGGCGAUCGUCUCGGCGCCUCAUUGCCAUGAUUGAAACUCAAUCUCCGACUUCUACCACACACAAGUCCAAGGCUGCAGCAUCGCAGACCAAAAGACUGAAGGGCGUCAAGAUGACCUCCAAAAACUCCAACGUUCCACCCCCGAACCGGAGCGAGGACAUGAGCAGUGAUGCAGAGUCAAAUUCGACUUCGGAGCUCUACCCGGACGGAGUCAACGAUCAGCGUACCAAGGGUGUUGGCAAUGCCAUCCAGCGCUUGUCACGGCUGGAACGAAGACUUCAGCGCAAUCUCAAGAAGCAGCAGCUCAAGGUUGAGAAGAGCGUUGAUUCUUUGGACGCAAGCGAUCACCGAUCAGCGGCGCAGAAGCCUCGUCCUUCGCGAUGCGUAGGGGAACUCAACACGUCGCCACCAACAGCAUCUGAGAACAGACAUAAACUCAUAGAUCCCGAUGUGCCACGGGUUCCUACUGCGAAGAGAGACCUGUCCAUAGAAGAUGGCCAGUCUAUUUUCAAGAAGGCCACCCCUAGGAAGGCAAGCCAACGAGAACCCAAAGUUGUCGAAAACGCGGAACAGACGCCGGGCGAGGCUGAAAGGGGUGCGGCCAGACCCCCCUCUGUUGAUAGCGACUACCUGCCCCUACCAUGGACAGGCCGAUUAGGAUAUGCAUGUCUCAAUACUUAUUUACGCGCGGCAAAACCUCCGGUCUUCAGCUCGCGCACCUGUCGCAUGUCAUCCAUCAUAGAUCAUCGCCACCCUCUUGCUGACCCUACCCAGCCUGAGCAUCCCAACAAGAACCGUCCAGACAAGUCACAAAAGCCAGAUAGGCAAAGAGGACAAGAAUUUGUGCAGAGGCUCGGUUUGGCAAAUGCACGAGAUAUAGACAAGAUGCUACGCUGGAAUGAGCGCUACGGGAUCAGAUUUAUGCGUCUCAGUUCCGAAAUGUUCCCAUUCGCCAGCCAUGAGGAGCACGGCUACAAGCUUGCUCCGUUUGCCUCCGAGGUGCUCGCUGAAGCUGGAAAGACUGCCGCCAAGUAUGGCCACCGGCUAACCACCCAUCCAGGCCAGUUCACGCAGCUCGGAUCUCCUCGCGCAGAGGUCAUCACUGCAUCAGUGCGGGACUUGGAGUAUCACGAUGAGAUGCUUACACUGCUCAAGCUGCCUGAGCAACAGGAUCGCGAUGCAGUCAUGAUUCUACACAUGGGCGGCGUUUAUGGGGACAAAGCAGCCACCCUCGACCGCUUCCGCCACAAUUAUACGACACUCUUGUCAGACUCAAUAAAGCGUCGACUGGUGCUUGAGAACGACGAUGUCUCUUGGUCGGUCCAUGACCUUCUUCCUGUUUGCGAAGAGCUCAAUAUCCCAUUGGUCCUCGACUUCCACCAUCACAAUAUUGUUUUUGACCCCAAGAUGGUGCGAGAAGGCACAGCCGAUAUAGUGCCAUUAUUUCCUCGGAUCCGAGCGACCUGGGACCGUAAGAACAUCAAGGUGAAGAUGCACUACAGCGAGCCCUGCGCCGGCGCCGUAACACCGCGCGACCGGCGUAAGCACAGUCCUCGGGUGGCAACUUUACCUCCCUGUCCGCCGGAUACAGACCUCAUGAUCGAGGCCAAGGACAAGGAGCAGGCCGUGUUUGAGCUUAUGCGAAACUUCAAGCUCCCCGGCUAUGAGCGUAUCCGAAGUAUCAUUCCAAACGAGCGUGCAGACGAGCCGAGAAUCCCGUCGACCGCAUCAAAGCUUUCUAAGGCAAAGAAUGGGCGUCCGGGAAAGAGGAAAAAGAAGGAUGAAGAUGGCAAGGAUGUCAAGGUUGAGCCUGGAGACGACACCACAAACCACGAUAAAGAUGUACCCGAGGGGCUGGGAUACGAUGAUCCUACGAUUCCGCCCGAGAUAGCUCUGGAGGACAUCAAUAUGGGAGGUCCCGAUGGCCGGGUGUAUUGGCCUCCCGGCAUGGAGGACUGGCUCAGGCCGCUGAAGCGAGACCAGAAACGCAAAAUUGAGGACUUGGAAGAGCACGAUGAGUAGCUUCUGGUUAGGUUCUGUUUUGUUUUUCAAUAUUUCUGUCAUGUCAUAUUUAAUUUGGGGAGAUUUGUCGGGUUAAUCUAGAGGUCGAGAGGAAGCGAACAGAAGAACAGUGGAAAUAAAGCCUGUGGACUAGCUUGUUGUCUAUAUCAUAUGACACAAACGAUUGUGGAUCCG